AUGACUUGGACAUCAUUGCUAACUUGUUCAUUUAUUGUACUGCUAUCAAUAAAAAGCGUAUUUAGUUAUUAUGUAUUAGUUGAUGCUCAUUCAGAAGAAUGUUUUUUUGAAAAAUUAACAUCCGGAACGAAAUUAUUACUUACAUAUGAAGUAAUCGAAGGUGGUUUUCUCGAUAUAGAUGUUAAAAUAACUGGUCCUGAUCAUAAAGAAAUUUAUCGUGGUGAUCGUGAAUCAAGUGGAAAAACAACAUUUUCUGCUCAUAUGGAUGGUACUUAUACAUUAUGUUUUAGUAAUAGAAUGUCAACAAUGACACCAAAAAUGAUUAUGUUUGAAAUUGAUGCUGGAGAUUCACCUAAACUUGAUAUGGCAUCUGAUAAAACAGCAGAAAAUGUUACACUUCAUCAUAAUAAACUUGAAGAACUCGUUGCUGAAUUAUCUGCAUCAUUAAGUAAUAUUAAACAUGAACAAGAAUUUAUGGAAGUAAGAGAACGUAUUCAUCGUUCUAUUAAUGAAAAUACGAAUUCACGUGUUGUUAUGUGGUCAUGUUUUGAAGCUUUUAUUUUAUUAGCUAUGGCACUUGGUCAAGUAUAUUAUUUGAAACGAUUCUUUGAAGUUCGUAGAGUUGUAUAA